AUGAGGCACAUACCACUAGAAGUCCUUGCUAAAAACUUCGAGGUCUCAAAAUCGACAUUCAACAACUUACCCCAAAAGGACCUGUACAUAUUUGCCAGCGAACUUCCCCGGCCAUUGGAGGUGGAGCAGCACCAGGCGGCUCAGGGUACCGGAUUUGUGCCUGAAUCAUUUGCAUUUUUCACAUCACAAAUGGCGCCUAAUGUAACUCGAUUGGGAGGGGAGGUUAAAAUUAUUGAUAGGCGUAACUUUCCCGUUACUAACAUAUCAUCGGCUAUUGUAACCCUAAAACCUGGCGGACUCCGGGAACUCCAUUGGCACCCGAAUGCCGAUGAGUGGAACUACUUUGUGAAAGGUAAGGCCCGAAUGGGCGUAUUUGCGGCGGCCAGUAAUGCCCGGACAGUGGACAUGCAAGAGGGGGACGUGGGCUAUAUCGGACAGUCCGUCCCUCAUUACAUCGAGAACACGGGGGACACGGAUUGCGUGUUUCUGGAGGUGUUCGCCUCCGACACCUUUGAGGACAUAUCACUGGCCCAAUGGUUAGCCCACACGCCCUCCCGAUUGGUCAACGAACACAUCCGGACCGGCGAACAGUUUAUUACAUCCAUCGAGAAGUUUAAGGCAGUGAUCAGGCCUUUGGGCGAUAGAGUGACCACU